AUGGCGCAUAUAAAACCAGUAAUUGCCACUUCCCAAACUUCGAGCGGACAAGACGACACCAUGCAGGGAAUCGCCGAAAUUGCCUCUUCUCAAUCCACAUUGUCUUCCGCCGAGACUCCUACUCCAUCUACCGAGAAUUCAUCCGGCAAGAAUAGCAACUCCGGCCCAUCCACGACUCCUUUCGGCGCUGACAACAACAACGAGAAGCCGAAAAGCCGAACAACUUCUAGCUUCAAAAGAACGCAGAAAACAGCGGGCGGUGACGAGGACGGUCCAAAAGCCGCUGCCUUUGGGGACGAGCAAAACGGCGAUGACAAUAAUAAUCGAAAAGCCGGCUUCCACCGAGACGAGCACUUCCAGCGCCGAUUGGAUUUCUUCAAAGACAAGGAGCACCCCUGGAUCUUCGAUCGAGAGUACACUUACAAGCACGAAGAAGGCCCUAAUGCCGGGGAAAAGGUCGAUCUCGCCUACUUCAACGCUCACCAAAAAUUCCUGGAGAAAAAGAGGGCGAUGAAUAGUGCUAAAGGCGGUGGAUUCCAAGAUGUCACCAAAAUUGGCGAAAACUCUGGCGCCUCCUCCGAGGCAGACGUUCCUUCUUGCGGCUCUGAUACAGAAGAAGACGAAACGGACAAAGAAGAUGCUGGCGAGAUGGGCGCUCCCCAAAAUCAGCUUUUUCCGGCGAAGAGAAAAAGGAGGAUGAAGACUCCAGCGAUCAGAAAUCGGAGAAAUCCGAAACCAAGCCGGAGAAGAAGAAAGGAGGAUUCGGGAAUGAAGAUGGAAGCGAUGGCUCUUCUGAAAAGCUGA